AUGAGCAACGAGGCAAUUUGUUGUUGUUUUUGCGUCCACACGGCUUCCUAUGGGGUAGUGGAGCAGUGCGGGAAGUUCAAUCGCCUGGCUGACCCCGGCUUUCAUUGUUUAAUCCCCUGCUUCGAUUCUGUUCGCGGCUUCGUCCCACUCGGGUUAAAUAAUACCGUCGUGGAUGUGAGCACGAAAACCCGAGAUAACGCGGUUGUUCGCGUGCAAGUUUGCAUUCAUUACCGCGUCGUGAAGGAAAAUGUUUCACUCGCCUUCUAUCGCCUGACCGAUCCGUCGGAGCAGAUCGGGAGCUUCGCUGGGAGCAUCGUCCGCGGCGAGGUACCGAAGUAUACCUUGGAUGAGAUCUUUUUGAUGUCGAAUGAAAUUAAAAAAGUCAUUGACAUCGAGCUUUCUGAUCGUCUGAAUGAUUACGGGUAUAUCCUCGAGGGGACGUUGCUCACGAAGAUCGACCCAAGCGUCGAGGUCAAGGAAGCAAUCUCGCAAACGCAGCUUAACGAGUAUAUCCGCAUGGCCGCCGAGCAUAACGCCGAACUUCAACGAAUUCUCACCUUAAAAGAGGCUGAGGCAAAUUAUGAAGAAAUGCGGCUUUCCGGCGUCGGACUCGCGCAGGAGCGAAAAGCGAUCAUGAAAGGCCUACAGACGAGUAUUGAGCAGUUCGUGAACGCGGUGCCCGGGAUGGACGCAAAAGGGGUGAUGAAUCUGCUGCUUUUGAAUCAAUAUUUCGAUUCAAUGAAGGAAAUAGGAAAGAAUAAAAAUAAUCGUGUGGUGCUAAUGCCUGGGGCCGCGGGCCCUUCGUCGGGGAUCCUGACGGACGUCUUGGCUUCGCAAAUGUUUUCAAAAGAAAUGGUGUAA